GAGGGCCGAGGAGGGAGGAGGAGGAGGUGAGAGCUGCCAGGGAAGGAGGGAGGGAGGGAGACUGCAGGGGAAGGAGACACACCUCAGUUUAGAGAGGGAGAGCUACCUGCAAACAGACAGAUCCGGGAGAGAGAGAGCAGACAGCUGCCAGGACCAGUGACAGGAACCGCCACCGAUCCACCGCGGCCACCGCACACCCCGGAGACGCGUCCGUGCCAAGGAAGAGUAGAAUCCCCGCCGUCACCCCUCCGUGUCUCCCGGACUCUGCAGGACAAGAUGGCAUCCGCCAGCGAUCCGCGCCAACCCCAGAAAGAUGCCGCCGACCAGAGCUUUGAUUACAUGUUUAAGCUCCUGAUUAUCGGGAACAGCAGCGUGGGGAAGACUUCGUUUCUCUUUCGCUAUGCCGAUGACUCCUUCACUUCAGCCUUCGUCAGCACGGUGGGGAUAGACUUCAAGGUGAAGACCGUGUACAGGAAUGAGAAGAGAGUAAAAUUGCAAAUCUGGGACACAGCUGGCCAGGAGAGGUAUCGGACAAUCACCACUGCAUACUACCGCGGGGCCAUGGGUUUCCUGCUCAUGUACGAUAUUUCCAACCUGGAGUCCUUCAACGCUGUACAGGACUGGGCAACACAAAUCAAGACAUACUCCUGGGACAACGCACAGGUCCUGCUGGUUGGGAACAAGUGUGACUUGGAAGACGAGCGAGUAAUCCCAGCUGAAGAUGGACGAAGGUUGGCUGAGGAACUUGGGUUCGAGUUUUUUGAGGCCAGCGCAAAAGAGAACAUCAACGUGAAGCAAGUCUUUGAGCGUCUGGUGGACAUCAUCUGCGAGAAGAUGAAUGAAAGCCUGGAGAACGGACCGGGGCCAGCUAGUGGUACCACACACCUUUCCGACUCUUCUCCAAAGGAGCAGAAUAACUGCUCAUGUUAGUCUGCAGCCCCGUUUUACAGAAAGCACCCAGCUAGGUCACAGAGAUGUCUCUAAUCAUAUUCAAUGCUCAGCAGUCAGCAAAAAUAACUGCCCGAUUGGGACGGACACCCCUAAACUGUGUAAUACCCGGAGACAGGGUGGCCUUUCCUAUUACAUUCCCAGCUGAGUAUGUGAGAGACAAAACUAGACACUGUUACAUACACAUGCCCAUUCUUAUUCAUUGUUGCAGAUCAUUUAUAUCCCAGCCUUACAUGGGGUGUAAUUUAAAAAACAAGGGAAUAGCAACACAAUAUCACUGCCUGAUAUCACAGGACAUCACAUGGUCACGUAGAUGGGUGUUUCCUGGGGCCAAGAUAGGUAUUAAUUUGCCAUCAAGUGCCAAAGAUUAUCUGAACGUGCCCGUACCACGGCCCGUUCUGAGGGCUCUGCAAAGCAUUGCUCUGCAUGGUUUUUUUUUGUUUUUUUUCCCUCAAGUGCUCUGCAUGAUGCUACUGGACCCGUUCUACGUGUUUUGUGUCUGGGACUGUACAUGAUGGACUGAGGGGGGGAGCCAAGCAAAGGUCACGGGAACACAGAUCGAUGUAUAUAUCUGGGCAUACCGGCCAUGAAGGUUUUAGCACUCUGGAUAUUUUGCCCUCUACUGUU